GCAUGCACAUUCUCCUCCCGCUCACUGCACCCUCCAUCCUGCCCACACCCGCCACCCAGCCGCCCACCUCCGACGCUCGCCACUGCCACCACUUUCCGGGCCUCCUAGCUCUUAGGCUCCUUCUCUCCCCUACUAUCUUAUCCAACGCACGCAUAUGAGCACAUCAGAUCUACAUCUGGAUGCUCUCGAUAAUGAUUUAUGGAAGGAGUGGGAGCUCGUGGCACCCAACACUUGGUGGCGCACGCUCCCCGAGCUUGCGCACUGGGGCUUCCCCGGCACCCCGUACGAGCGCGCGUCGGCCACGUUCAUCGCGCAAGCCGCCAAGCCGCCUCACCGACGUGAAGAGCUGCUUUGCUGGUGUGGACAUGGACAAGCGUCGCCCGAAGGCCUGCCACCUCCGCCGGAUGUCACGGAGGCCGAAAUUUGCCUGAAAGAGGGACUGCCGGGCACCCGGUCCGUGGAGAGCGCGGUGCAGCUGUACGAAGAGCGCGUCGGGAUUGUGGGUAGGGCGGAGGAUCCGGAGUCGCAGCAAACGUCGUCGUCGUCCGCGAGCUCCGCGCCCGCGCUGCACCUAGACGACGCACCGAAGUCCGUCGAUCUCGAUCCUUCCUCUUCGUGCUGGCGAGCGCAGGUCGAAGCGCUCUUCGACGGCAUAGCAGCAGACCGUGAGCGUGAGCAUCAGCGCCGCUUCUCGUUGAGUCACCAUCCCUCAACUUCACCCUUUAUAGCUCCGAGCACCAGCACCAGCCGUAUCACCCUCACCGACCUCUUCAGCCCUCAUCCUCGCGACGCCUCCACGCCACGCCCACAACGCAUACGGUCAUACGCCCGUGUCGUCUCCCCCGAGCUCCCUCGCCGCAAGCCAAGCGGCAGUAGCUCUCCCUCGUCCUCCCCUUCUCCCGGCUCGAUCUUCUCUCCCACUGCUCUCGAUCUCUCACCGGCGACAACGACGACUUCGCUUUUUGGCUCGGACGACGUAUCCUCCCGCACGAGCGCGUUCAGCGCCUCACGCUCGCCGUCACCCAAGCCCAAGUCUCUUAGCCCACUCCCAUCGCGACCGGCCUCACCAGCGCCGACGCCCGUCACGCCCUCCAUCAAGACCCGUCUCCGCCGCGACGCAGAGGGAUUUUACGCCCCUGCCUCUCGUUCGCCGUCCGUGCGCAACGCCUCGCUCACGCGGCGCAGCAAAUCCCGCGGACGCGGCGGUCGUGCAACGACGCGUGAUAUGGUGGAGUCGAUGCAGCGGGAGCGUGCGCGUCAGAGUGAGCUCGAGGCGCUCUCGCGCAAGCUGGACCGCUUCCCGGAUCUGAGCAUGGUCCUGCUUGACCCAGACCGCCUGUCGACAACAACGGCCCACAGAGAGGACAACGCUGCGGAGAACGAGGGAGACAAGGACGCAGAGAACACCGAGAAGACACAGACUAAGGCUAAGGGAAAGGCGAAGGAGGAGGGCGGUCAGGACGGGGAGUACAGGAGCUGGCGCGAGCUUUCGGCGAACAUGAAGGACGUAUUUGGCGAUGCGAUGCCUGGUCCAGGAUUCGAUGACGAUGGGGACGAGCUCGAGGGAGACGAGGCGAAGGCGCACCACAUGACAACGCAAGAGCUUGUGUCGUCGCUGUUCCAGACGCCGCGCAGUUCGACUAUGCCUCUUCCGCCGAUGGACGAUACCAGCCCGAGCAGCGUGUCCUCUCGUCCGCGCGGCAUGUCGAUUCAGAGCGCCGCGUGCCCGCUAGCGUCAUCGCGCGGCCCUCGUCGCCUCCCGGAUCUGCAACAGGCGUCGAGCUCAACGUCAACCGCGCGCGGUGAGGGAUGGAUCGAAGGCCCACGAGAGGGUUGGCUGCUCGAGACCCAAGCCCGCCCUCACCAGCCAUCCGGUGCCCGCACGCACACUCCCCAGCCCACCGCCAACCCCUGCAUGCCGCAUCACCUUCCACAGCCGUCGCACGCGGUCGGACCGCGACACCAUCGUGCCAAAAGCAGCGGGGGCGGCUCCGUACUCAGCGGGCGCGUGCCGCUCAGCACGAAGACGCCCGUGCAGGCGGUCCCGACCCUGCCCCUCCCUCUGCCCGGGAUGGCGUAUCAAUCUUCGCCGCCGGCACCAUUCACCCCCGGACCUCAGUACGGAUACAUGCCCCCGCCACGAUACCCCUAUCCGCCGCCGCAACAACCUCACUUGGGGUAUCAGAUGCCGCCUCCGCCUCCUCCGGGGUAUCCGGUGAUGUAUCAGUACGCGCCGACAGGCAUUAUCGCGAUACCGGUUGGGCCGCAUGGGGGGCCAUCGCCAAUGAUGGCUAUACCGGUACCAGUACCGCCCAUUACCGGGGCCACUGGUAUCCGACAUGCGUCGUGAUAUCUCCGCUCCUUUGCUCGUUCAUGACUGUCUCUUGCUCCGGCUGCUUUCUCUGAUCCUCUUCUCUUUCGUAGCGACGUAGUCUUUUCUUGCUCCUCAUCAAACAAUAAGCUCAUAGCAUCAUCAAUCAUGACGUCUCUCUCUGUCGCUUUCCCUUUGGCAUACUAAAAACGUCACAUACACAUGCGUUCUUACUCUCUCGACCCUCUGCUGUUGUAGCCUCCCCUCUCUCUCCCUCGUCUCUCCUCUCUUCGUCUUCGCUCUCUUUCCGACGUAAUUAUUGGUUCGUUCCCUUGCGAAGUAUCGUCUCUUCCUCGAUUGGUUCUGGGGCACUCGUCCCGGUGAAAUUGCGUGCAUAACUCUUUUCCGUGGCUGCUCAUUGGACGCUGGCGAUGCCACGUUACAUACAUAUUUUUCAAUACAUACAUAGCCCGCCAGUCCCACUGCAAAUGAAACGUAUGUUCGAAACUGUCGGGUUGCGUACGUGUCGUGUAUUGUACAACGUUUGAUCAGGAGUGCGUACUUACGCGACGUGGUAUAAGGAUUGGUCCUCAGAGAGGAUGUCGAUCGGUUCGACACCCAGAACUAAAAGGCCGAGUUUAGGCUGCGGCGAGCAGGUUGCCGACCAGACUGUUGUUAUUAGCGUCACCCAGCUGGACGAGAACGAAGACGUUUCCGAUGGUAACGUUCUUGAUUGUUACGUCUCCGAGGGUGACGUUGAUGUUACCAACGGAGACGGAGAUGUUGCCGACGCUGACUCCGACGUCUCCCGUACCGACGGAGACGCUCCCACCCGACACCGUCGGUGCGGGUAGCGAGACAGACGGGACGCUCGCGGAGGGCGUGAUGGUCGUCACGGGGGAGGUAUCAGAAGGAGGUGUCGCCUAGCGUUUGUACUCCACACCGGCUGCAGCGUCGCCAAAGUGGCGUUUACGCGCCGUUGCGGUUCCGGUUGCGGCCGAGUCAGAAGCAGUUUGGCCUGGGGUCACUGUAGUGUCUGUUCCCGCUGCGCUCGUGCUCGUGGUAGAUCCGGACGAAGAGCUUGCGAUGGAUGAAGCGGUGCUCGAAAUAGGUGUCGUGACGGUUCCAGCUCCGGAGAAGGCCACCGAUACGAUCAGGGAGAUAUUCCCUAUGACAAAAUUCUCAACGUUGAUGUUCCCGGCUUGGACAGUAACAUUUCCGAUUGAUACGUUCACAUUGCCUACUCCAGCCUUGAUGGGCCGAUACCCGCUGUAACAUUUGGUGUCGAUAUAACGGGAUCAUCCCGCCUACGAAGCUGCCACUCGGAUGAUGGAUGUAAAUCUUUGUCGUCUUCUGGUGCCGCGUCUCGCUUGCACAUGUUCUGAUCCUCGCUGACGAAAAGACGGCGGAGCUGGAAGGAUUGCACCAGAGUCGAGACUACCAAGAGAGGGAACAGUUGUCUAGAAAUUGAGGGCACAAGCAUCUCGUUGUCGUAGAGGACGGUAUGCUAGCGGGAGAGAUUCUGAACACG